AUGCAUACACUUCAAAGCACAAUGGAAUUUCGUGCUGGUCAGUCACAAUCGUCAUCUCCUUUGCUUUCAAAAAGCACAAGCAAAGUCAAUGAAUCAACAAAAAGUGAAGAAAAAAACUUAGAAAAGCCGAGACCACCAUCAGCAGGCUCUUCAUCAGCUGUCAAACCUCCUUAUUCUUACAUAGCACUCAUAACGAUGGCAAUUUUGCAAUCACCACAAAAAAAAUUAACACUAAGUGGAAUAUGUGAAUUUAUAAUGAGUCGGUUUCCAUACUACAAAGAAAAGUUUCCUGCUUGGCAGAAUUCAAUUAGACAUAAUUUAAGUUUAAAUGAUUGUUUUAUAAAAGUUCCUCGUGAGCCGGGAAAUCCUGGAAAAGGUAAUUUUUGGACGCUUGAUCCACUUGCGGAAGAUAUGUUUGACAAUGGUAGCUUUCUAAGGCGUCGAAAGCGUUACAAACGAAUUCAAAUCCAUCACAAUAUUCCAUUUCCAAAUAUGUUUGCGCCAUUUAAUCCAUUUUGGAUAAGAAAACCGGUUCCUGUUCUUCCUUCUCUACAAUUUUCGCCAUCAAUGCAUCAUCCGUCGGCACAUCAUCUCUCCACUCAUCAUCAAAAUUUCAAUACAAAUUUUGGUCUGAUAAACUUUCGAAAUGUCAACCAUUCGAUUCUACCUUCCAAUCAAAUUGAAAAAAUAAACCAAAAGAAAGAGUUUUAUGAAACGAAUUCAAUACAAUCAAUUAAAAGUGAGUUGCAAAGUUCAAAAGUGUUAUUUAGUGGACAAGAGGAAGUUUAUAAUGCGACAGGUCAGAAUGCCUACGAAGAAGAAGAUUACACAAAUGAUAAUAUUGAUGUUGAAACCGAUUCUGACAAUGAUCAGCAAUUGACAGACUUGAAGUCAUUGACUUAUCAUAAUUUAAAUGACACAACAGUGAAACAUGAAGAGUGGAGUAAGAUUGUGAAAAAUACAAUUAUGUUGAAAUCAAAUGUCAUACCAAAAAAUAUUGCGACGGCUAAAGAAACUUCGACAACAUCUUGUGACGAAUUUCAAUCGCAUCAAAAUGAUAAAAAAAGUGAUUUUAAAGUGGAUGCUGAGACGGAACUUUUAAAACAUUCCGAUGAAACAAAAACUGAUUUAAAACAAGUUUAUUUACCUGAUGAUGAGGAGAAUGAUUAUUUUACUGAAACGUUGACAAAUCAUAAUCUUUUGAAUUUAAGUGAUAAUAGAAAGCGUGGAAAAUACGGCAAUGGAAAAGGAUUCAGCAUAGAAAAUCUUAUUGGUAGAAUUGUAGAAGACAGAUAG